AUGACUCAAUUGCAUCGUUGGAAUAAGGAAGUUCCUCAAACAGUGGAGAUGUGCGUUCAUGAUCUCAUCGAGCAGCACAUAGUGGCGCAACCUGACAGAUCCGCUAUCGCUGCAUGGGACGGUGAUCCGAGCUAUAGAGAGAUGGGGCAUUUAUCUGACAUUUUCGCACUUCACCUCGCAGAAUACCGGGUUGGGCCGGAAGAUUUCGUUCCUCUCUACUUUGAAAAGUCCAAGUGGACGGCGGUAGCGAUGUUAGGAGUCAUGAAAUCAGGUGCUGCGUUUGUCCUGCUGGAUCCCUCUCAUCCCCUGGAACGUACCGGCGCCAUCUGUCGCCAGCUAAAGGCAUCAGUUCUAGUGUCUUCUUUUGACAACCAAAGCUUAAAGGCCUGUCAGGUUUGA